AGAUUCAAGGCGGAGAGAGAGAGAGCGGAGAGGGGAAGGUGCGAGCAAGUGAGAGCUCAUCGCCAACUCCCACUCUGCAAUCGUCAGGCGAACUGUCCCACUCUCAUCUGCAAUGAAUCUCUUCAGGGAAGGAGAAAAAAAGAUUCGGAGAGCCAUCUUCAUGGUGGAGCGGAAAAAGGCCGCCGGCGGCGGCGGUGCGGUCGCCGGAGGAGGAAGAAGGCAUGGGUUGAGAACUUGGGUGCUGAGGGUGGGAACGAGCGUAAUGGUGUGGACGAUGAUGAUGCAGCUGACCUCCAUGCCGCAGGUUUGGCAGCCGCGGCUCUCUCGUUCAUGGCCGGUUUCCUGCUUUGGGAGAAGAGGAAGUGAUCCUAAUUCCACCAAUUACUCCAUUCUUGAAAGCGAGAGCUCGCUUGGGGGUUACAGGGCAUCUCCGCCGGCGUUGGUACCAAGAAGGAUUUACAAAAGCAACGGCUAUCUUCUGGUUUCCUGCAAUGGUGGUCUCAACCAGAUGCGAGCUGCGAUCUGUGAUAUGGUCACAAUAGCUCGAUAUUUGAAUCUAACAUUAGUAAUUCCAGAACUUGAUAAAAGGUCUUUCUGGGCAGAUCCGAGCAAUUUUGGUGAUAUAUUUAACAUUCGGCAUUUCAUCAAUUCUUUAAAAGAUGAGGUCAAGAUAGUUAAAUCACUCCCAAACAAAUUUGAUUCCAAAGUUCAUGGAGGUCUGUUCUCCAUGCCUCCGGUCAGCUGGUCUAGAGAAACAUACUAUUUAAAUCAGAUAUUACCUCUUAUAAGGAAGCACAAGGUGCUUCAUUUCAAUAAGACGGAUGCUCGACUUGCAAAUAAUGGCCUUCCUAUCGAACUCCAAAUGUUACGAUGUCGUGUUAAUUAUGAGGCAUUGCGAUUUACUCCGCCGAUUGAGGCGUUGGGCAAAAAGAUUAUAUCUGUUCUUCGAAAGAAUGGAUUUUUUGUUGUGUUGCAUCUACGAUAUGAGAUGGAUAUGCUUGCAUUUUCCGGGUGCACACACGGGUGUUCUGAUGCGGAAAUUAACGAACUCACGGAGAUGAGAUAUGCUUAUCCAUGGUGGAAGGAGAAAGAAAUAGACUCAGAGAACAAAAGGUUGGAAGGUUUAUGUCCUCUUACACCAGAGGAGAUGACUUUAGUGUUACAAGCACUAGGAAUUCCAACGGACACUCAGAUUUAUGUGGCCUCUGGAGAAAUAUAUGGCGGUGAGGGAAGGCUGGCUGCUUUGAAGGCUGUGUUUCCUAAAAUUGUAAGGAAAGAGAUGAUUCUAAGUUCCAAUGAGUUGAGCCCCUUCCAAAAUCACUCCACACAGAUGGCUGCGCUUGACUACCUUGUUUCUGUUGCCAGUGAUAUAUUCAUUCCUAGCUAUGAUGGUAACAUGGCAAGAGUUGUGGAAGGCCAUAGAAGGUACAAUGGAUUCCUGAAGACCAUCCUUCUCCAUAGAAAACUGCUGGUGGAGCUUCUGGAUCUGUACAAGGAAGAGAAGCUCUCAUGGGAUCAGUUCAGAACAGCCGUCAUUGAGAUCCACAAGAACAGGAUUGGCCUCCCAACUUCAAGGAAGGUCCUACCAGGGCGGCCGAAAGAAGAAAACUAUUUCUAUGCCAAUCCCCAUGAGUGCCUCGGCUCGCCGAGCCCGUCAAACUUGCACAUUAACAGGCUAUAACAUUUGAAUCCAGACCAGAAUUCAGUCUAUUUUUGUUCUUUUCUUCGUUGCUCCGGCCAGUCGGACGGCCGUUGGUGCUGGAGAGAGAGAAUAGGUGUUCAUUCGGCCCCGGCGCAAAGAGUUCGGAGGCUGUCACAAACUCUCCCCAUCCAGGUUCCUUCCUUACUGUAAUUCUUUCUGGCUGUAUUCUGCUUGGAGCAUUCUUUUUUUUUUCUUUUUUACAUUUGUAAUAUUUAAUUGUUAUUGGCCUUCUAUACAUGCCUCAUUAACACACAUUUCAAAGAAUUAUAGCUCGCCAUUGUUGCUCUCACAUGAAAGUUGAGAUUUUUAAGGUAUGUUUAGUUUUGUGUUUGGAUUGUUGAAAUAUACAUCGGUGUAAAAGUAUGAAAUCGUUGGCUUUUGAUCAUAGGCUUGACUUUUUUUGGUUGAAUGUUGGUUUGAUCGUUAGUAUGUUGGGGAUAUACAUACAUAACACUCAAAUCUCUUAAUGUUGUGUAUCUCACACCCAAACUUCAAUAUUUAUGUUGUCUAUAGCAUCAUG